CAAUAUCCAAAGAGGAGAGUCUUGCGUCCAAAGAUGACAGCAAAGUCUCCACUGAGAUCCAGAUCUCCAAGGAGAUCCAAAUCUCCAAUGAGAUCUCGAAGGAGACCCAGAUCUCCAAGCAGAUCCAAAUCUCCAUCGAUAUCCCAAUCUCCAAACAGGAGAGUCAAGCGUCCAAAGAUGACGGCAAAGUCUCAAAUGAGAUCAAAAUCGCCAAGGAGAUCCAGAUCUCUAAAGAGGAGAGUCAAGACUCGAAAGAUGAGAGCAAAGUCUCCACUGAGAUCCAGAUCUCCAAGGAGAUCCAAAUCUCCAAUGAGAUCUCGAAGGAGACCCAGAUCUCCAAGCAGAUCCAAAUCUCCAUCGAUAUCCCAAUCUCCGAAGAGGAGAGUCUUGCGUCCAAAGAUGACAGCAAAGUCUCCAAUGAGAUCCAAAUCGCCAAGGAGAUCCAAAUCUCCAAUGAUAACCAGAUCUCAAAUGAGAUCUCCAAGGAGAUCCAAAUCUCCAAUGAGAUCUCGAAAGAGACCCAGAUCUCCAAGCAGAUCCAAAUCUCCAUCGAUAUCCCAAUCUCCGAAGAGGAGAGUCUUGCGUCCAAAGAUGACGGCAAAGUCUCAAAUGACAUCAAAAUCGCCAAGGAGAUCCAAAUCUCCAAUGAGAUCUCGAAGGAGAUCCAAAUCUCCAAUGAUAUCCAGAUCUCCAAGCAGAUCCAGAUCACCAAAGAGGAGAGUCAAGACUCCAAAGAAGAGAGCAAAGUCUCCAAAGAUGAGAGCUGAUUGA